AUGUCGCACCGUUUCCCUCAAUCCUCUCAGUCUCCCGGGAUUCAAAAUAUCACUAUCAUCACGAACUUCUUUCAGAUCCCAAGGCUUCCCACAAUCAACUACACGCAAUACGACGUUUCAUUCACACCACCGAUACCUAUUCCGAGAAAGCGACAAGAGUUCUUUCAACGUCUACAAACGACUGUAGCCCCCGGGACUUUCAACCCGAAGGUACUUUACGACGGCAGGUCUAUCGCGUUCUCGCCCCGUCGGCUUGAAUUUCCUGGAGGAGGAACCGGUUGCAUGUGGAAUGUUAGCUUAUCGGGAGAACCACCCCGCGACACCCAAGGCAAGGGGGUAGUUCAAAUUCGCCUCACCCAAACAGCUGGAGGAUUAAUUACCCCAACCGACGUCAACGACCUCAUCCUCCACGGAAACUCAACACCUAAGACCGCUACCGCAGUUAAUCUCCUGCAGCUCAUAAUCUCCCAGCAUACGAAUAUCUUGCACACCCACACCUCCAGGGGAUAUUUUCCCGGAGACCGCUCUCAAGAGUUGAGGGAGCUUGGGAUAAAACUGAUUGCAGGGUUCUACCAUUCCGUUAGGCCUGCCCAAGGUCGAAUGCUCCUACAAAUCGACACAUCUACAACGGCUGUCUAUUUGUCCGGCAAGGUUCUUGACGUCUGCAUGAAUCUCAUCCCACGUACGAAGAACCUUCGUGAUUUGAUGACCGACGCAAACAGGAAAACCUUGGAAAAGUUUUUGAAAGGCCGUCGAGUAAAUACUGAGACGACGGGGAAAAAAACCAAGACUAUCUACGGUCUUGUCCCGCGAGCGGGGGAGUACCAAUUCGAAAAGGAUGGUGUGGGCAUGGUCACCAUUGCGCGACACUUCGAGGUCACCCAUAGAAAACUGCAACACCCCACCAUGUGGGGCCUUCUUCUCACUCCGAAGUCCGCUCCGCGCCCGAAUAUCGUCCCGGCUGAACUCUGCUCGAUCCUCGAUGGACAAAUCUUCAAGGGGAAACUACCGAACUCCGCAACAAGAGACAUCGUCAAGUUCUCGACAGCCAAGCCGCACGAACGGCUCCAGCGAAUCAAUAAAAGCGUCGAGGCGUAUCAAGCCUCGGAGUACGUUGCUGAGUCCGGGAUGAUGAUCAAUUAUACCCCUAUGAAGAUCUCUGCCAAGCUCCUUCCCCCCCCUUCAGUGACAUUUGGAGGGAACAAAACGACUAGAGUCGCUGAUGGAAAAUGGAACGUCGUGGGCCAGACGUUACAAAGUCCGAAGCCGUUGGAAUUCUGGGCCGCCGUUAACUUCUACCCCGAAAGGGUAGUAUUCGAAACGGCCAGCCGCGCAAUGCAAUCGCUAGGACGCUGUACUCAUACUUUAGCGACCAGGCCUCCUCUCCACAUGCGAAAUGGAAACCCACAAGAUGUAGAAAAGUCACUCGGCGAGACCAUGGACGAGUGUGCAAGGGUCGUGAACGAACUCCGCGAGACCAUGAAAGAGUCUGAAAAGGCCUUGUACGACUUCGAAAAAAACAUUGUCGGAUUGGGAAGGUUCAUUCUGGUAGUCAUUCUUCCGGACGAAGCUGCUACGAUCUUACAUACCGUCAAGUUCUGGGGUGAUGUUAAAUAUGGCAUCCUGACCCAAUGUGUCCGUGCUGAUAAACUAUUGAAGGCGAACGAUCAAUAUUGGAACAAUGUGGCACUAAAGCUCAACGCACGCCUGGGAGGUUUAAACUAUCAUGCCAGCGGCUCCCGUACAAUCAAUGAUCUCAAGAAGGAACCGUACAUCAUUAUGGGUGCCGACGUUGGACACCCAGGGCCACGAGUUCGAAAACCAUCCGUCACAAGUCUAGUUUUUUCCCUGGAUAUGCAUGCCACGAAAUAUGCCUCGAUGUGCCGCAUCCAAAAUCCUCGGCAGGAAGUCAUCCAAGAUCUCCGUGAAAUGGUCGUUUCCGCACUCAAAGGUUUCAUCGCAGAAAAUAAGGCAGGACCUGGCAGAAUCUUCUUCUUUAGGGAUGGAGUUUCAGAAGGCGAAUAUGAAAAGAUUCGCAAUGAGGAAAUUCGAGCUAUUGACGCGGCUGUUGGGGAGGUCUGGGGGGCGAGGACUCCGAAGCCAAAAGUCACUUUCGUAGUCGUCGGUAAACGUCAUCAUGCCGUCUUCUUCCCGGUUCCUCGUGAUCAGGAUGCCGGCGACAGAACGGGCAAUGUCAAGGCAGGCUGUGUGGUAGAUGAGGGUAUCACCCGCCCAGGCUACCCUAACUUCUACCUCCAAAGUCACGCGGCGAUUCAAGGCACUUCUCGAUCAAGCAACUACAUCGUCUUGCAAGACCAAAACUUCAACAACCAUCUCCCCACGUUGCAGGACCUCGCCUUCGCGCUCACCCACGUCUACGCCAAAGCCACGCGUUCAGUGUCCAUUCCCGCCCCCGUUUACUACGCCGAUCUGGUUUGCACCAAGGCCCUCCUCCACAUGCACCCUGUUGGAGCCGCGCAGUUGCAGGCUUCGGAUACAUCGUCAGUAUCAAGUGGUCAAGAGCCGCCACUGGAUUUGGACGCGUGGAAAAGAGUUUUCGGGCGGGUCCACGAUAACAUGCGUCCAAAGAUGUGGUUUCUGUGA